AGUUAAUCCAUGUACCUGUAUGCAGCUCUGCCACCGUCCUGUAAUAAUAUCACAGUUAAGCCAUGAACCUACAUGUAUCUCUAGUACGGUCUUGUUUUAUAACAUCACAGUUAAUCCAUGUACCUACAUGCAUCUCUACCUCCAUCUUGUUAUAACAUCACAGUUAAUCCAUGUACCUGCAUGCACCUCUACCACGGUCUUGUGUUAUAACAUCACAGUUAAGCGAUGUACCUGUAUGCAUCUCUACCUCCAUCUUGUUAUAACAUCACAGUUAAGCCAUGUACCUGUAUGCAUCUCUAUCACCAUCUUGUAAUAACAUCACAGUUAAGCGAUGUACAUGUAUGCAACUCUACCAUGCAUCUCUAUCACCAUCUUGUUAUAACAUCACAUUUAUGCCAUGUACCUGUAUGUAUCUCUAGCAUCGUCGUGUAAUAUAUACAAUCACAUCGAGUUUUAACCUCUCUGGCAGCAUUGUUCAAACAACACCUUUUUCUUAGUUACUGUUAUCAUGUAACAAAUAAAUAUGCUUUUAUGUGUUUUCGAUUAGGACAUGUUUACAAGCUAACCUGUUUUGUUAUGCGCCUGGUGAUCUAGAUCCUGUCUUUAACCACAGGCAGUAAACAGUCACUUCCUCAGCAUGGCAUGGUGUGUUAUCGUUUAUUCUACAGAACAAAGAAGUUCAAAGGUUUGGAAACUAUGAGCAGUACUUGACCUGUCAAUCAAGAGUACGCGUAUUUUAUCGAGCAAUACAGCAAUGCACAUUUGAUAAUGCUCACAUCACAAUUUGAUGCUAUAUCAAGUAAAUGAUCACAUCCUUGUAUUAUUGUUUGUUCAGGUGAAUAUUUGACAGACCUUCAGGCAGGGGUGUGGCUGUCUACAGAAUAUAUAAGAUAGAAGGGCAGGCUAAAGGUCAUAUGCAUAUCUACAAACAUUACUACAUAUACAAUACGAUCACCAGUUACAUGAAAUGUCUAUAUUAUUAAUUCAAAGUAUUAAUUCGUCUCUUGUGAUGUAAGCAUGUUGUAUUGCUACAUAUAAUAUGUGUACUCUUGAUGCUCUCGAUGCCUUCUCACAAACACACCGUGCCAUGCUGAUGUGCAUUUUUGUAUAAUAUUUGCUUCAUAGAAUACGUGUACUCUUGAUUGACAGGUCAAGUACUUUCGGGUCCAUAAAACAGAUAUUGACUACGUAUUAAGUCCUUAACUAUAAAAUAUGACCACUUCCAUGCAUUAAUAUUUUGUCAAUGAGCAAAAUCGUCCACUACUAAUCUGUACAUGGCCACAGGUGUGCGUUGAUGUUUUGUAUAAUGAUCACGACCAUGCACUAAUAUUAUGUAAAUGUCCAACAUCGUUCGAUAAUCCUUACCAGAACACACACCUACGACCCAAAUGUCGCUACGCAAAUGCACAGUAUUACAUUAAAGAAACGUAUAUAAAUGAGAUAAAGAGAGAACUUGACCUUAUUUCUAAAAUUAUUUACAAGUGUUUGAGGAUUACGUUAUCAGCCUAGGCUACAUUGAGAGUCGCAUGUUGGUAGUUCCACGCUAGUCAGGAAGGGUUACUCCUACAUCUAACGCUAGAUUUGUGUCAACGCUAUGCUUCUCAUAUUGUUGCUGUGUGCAUGUGGACUGCCAUGGCCUUCGGGGACGCUGGAGCUGAUCAACAACGGCUACGAGGACUUUGUGGUUGCCAUCAACGAAGACGUGCAAGAGGAUACGGGGUAUUUUAACCAGAUAGAGUACAUCAUGACAGAAGCAUCCGCAUAUUUGUAUCUGGCCACCCGUCAGAGGGCGUACAUACAGUCUGUCACAGUUCUUGUGCCUAACACUUGGAGUGACAAUCACGUCAAAUACACCGACCCAGGGGACGAAAGUUUUGACAACGCACACGUCAGGAUCGACAAGGCUAACCCAACGCAGGGCCACAACCCCUACACCUUCCAGCCAGGCCAGUGUGGUGACCCCGGUCAAUACAUACACCUGACCCCCGAGUAUGUCAUGGACACCCCGGGUAUAAACAGGGAAAUAAACUGGGGGAACCCUGGUCGGGUAGUGGUUCACGAGUUCGCUCAUCUCCGUUACGGUGUGUUUGACGAGUACGGCACCCCAGGGGAUCACCAACACCCAGCGUUCUACUUGUCUGACAAGGGGAAGAUUAUUCCAACGAGUUGCACGACGGAAGUUACAGGGAACAUCCGAAAUAGUCACACGGGAGGACCGUGCAAAGUAAAUACGACAAACAACAUGCCUGAGGAUAACUGCGACUUUAUCAUCAAUGAAACUGGAAGUCCAGCCAUUGCGUCCGUGAUGUACAUGCAAUUGUUGAAAAAUGUGACCCAUUUCUGUGAGAGCAUCACCACAGAUCCACAUCUGCAGCACAACCCUGACGCCCCAAACAUGCACAAUAAAAUGUGCCCUGGUCGAGGAACGUGGGAUGUCAUUAAGAAUCACCCUGACUUCCGCACCUCUAACCCCUCGCGACCCAUCCACACCACCACUCCCACAUUCAAGUAUAUGUACAACAGGAGAGGCUACUGGUUCGACGGGACAGAGAAGUGCGGGAGGAGAGUCGUCUUGCUGCUUGACCUGUCUGGGUCAAUGAAGAAGAAUGACAGGUGGUUCAAGCAAAGGCAGACAGCUGACAAAUUCAUCAAUGACAUCCUGCCCAUCGGGUCCAAUGUUGGCGUGGUGACCUUCUCAGAUGAUGCUCAUGACUGGACACAAAUAAGCCCACUAAAGGACGAAACUAUAAAGAAACAGGUUGCCGGUGGACUACCGCAAUAUAAAGAUGUGAGAGGCGGUACAGCAAUUGGGCUGGGCAUCCAGCAUGCCUUGAAUAUGCUCGGCAAGACUGGUGACUCCAAAACGGGCCGUAUUUUGCUGAUGACUGACGGCGAGGAGAACAAGGCUCCAUAUGUGGCCAGCAUCAUGCAGGACAUCCUGGCUUCAGGGGUCGUGGUGCACACAGUUGCGUACGGCAAGCAGGCAUCAAAGACGCUCGAGGAGGUGUCGUCUCAAACAGGGGGACUGUACGCGUAUUUCUCUGAGGGUAACGCCUCCAGUAGUUUGGACUCCUCCAUACAGAGACUCUGGGACGACGUGGCAGUGUGUAAGGAGCGGAGGCAGAUUGAAAUUUACCGCUCGAGUACUGAAUUACUCUCCAGCAACGUUGACUACAGUGGGAACGUGGACAUAGACGAUACCGUUGGUCUGGACACAGUAUUUGUUUUCACUCUGCCAAGAAAAGCCAAUGUUGAUGUUCGGCUGAGAAGCCCGGGCGGACAUGUUUACGACAGUAGUUAUUCCGGAUACCACCAUGACCUCAUAAUCAACAUCGUCAGAUUUAAGCUACAGAUACAAGCUGAUGAGACAGGCUUGUGGACCUAUACUGUGCGCAGUUCAACAGCGGGACCGGAAACCCUGGGAAUAACUGUGACAUCAAGGCCACGUGACAGACAUGGCAGCUAUGAGUUCCUGACAUGGCUUAGUGACACCAGCGUAAAUGCCACGUCACCUCCGGUUGUGUAUGCGCAUGUACACAAAGGUUACUCUCCUGUUAUAUACGCAGAUGUCAGAAUAUCUAUUGAAAAACCUGGUGGUCAAGUUGAGGUUAUCAAACCCUUGGACAAUGGAAUACCUCCUGACAACACUAGAAACGACGGUGUCUACACCAGCUAUGUGAUCGCCUUCGACUCAAAUGAAAGGUACUCUCUUGACGCCAAAGUCAGCAACGUUCCUGGAAAGACAUUCGUCGUUGUCGCUGCUGGUGGAUCAGGGAGAGCCUUCUCCAGACUUAGAAGAGGAAAUUGGAGGACCGCCUUGAAGUUAGUAGCUACCAACUUCAGCCGGACCUUUUCCCCCGGGGUAAUGGAUGUUACAGGGGUCAUCACCGGGCGGGACCGCAUACCCCCUGCUACUAUAAAGGAUCUGAGUGUGGAGGCUGUUAGCGCAGAAACCUGUACCUUCACCCUGAAGUGGACUGCGCCUAGAGAUGAUUCAAAUCACGGGAGAGCUGCACGCUAUGAGAUAAGAUUUGGGAGAAGUUUUCGGGAAAUGAGGAAGAGUUUCGAUGAAGCAAUACUCGCAAAGGCUACGUUCCUGGAUGGUCCUCUUGUACUCAACACAGCCGGGGAAGAACAACUAGUGGACAUUAGUGUGCCACCACAUGCAAAUCUAACUACCCUCAUAUUCGGUGUCAAGACGUUUGAUGAUGCCGGACUGCAUUCAGAGUUAUCGAACCUGGUGUCGGGAAGUCUGAAGCCGAUUCUUUUACCAGGUGGCGCUGUAAAUGAGGGUGAAAGCAAAUCCCCGCAACAACAAACAACAGGUCAUCAUAAUUAGUUCCACCAUUGUGGCUCUCCUGUGUUUGAUGCUAAUUUUAAUAGUCAUUGUGCUCAGAAAAAGGAAAAUGCAGAAACAUUAGGCCAGCGCAAAACACAAUAAUGAUAUCGCCCCUCCUUCAGUCGGUCAACAGACUAGAAUAAUUUAAAAGAAUUGUUGAUGACUAAUAUAUUUGAUUUAUUCAUACGUAUGAUGCCACGAACUGUAGGUUUUCAUAUGCGGAUUCAAAAUGGAUGGGCGUGGGGAUGGGGAUGGGUGGAGAUGUAUGCAGAGGUGCAUACCCCCUUUUUGAAGCACACAUAAUCAUUUCGUGAAAUGUUUUUAAGCAAAAUAAUUUUGGCUUAAAAACGGAAAUUGAUUUCCGAAUGAAUUAUUUGCAUUCCUCCAGUAUUUUAUAAGUGCACGCAGCACACCACCACCAACAUUGUCAAAAAGCUGUAUCAACGCCGCUUGGUUAUAGUAUUGAUAAGAAGAAAUAUUAGGAUGCACGUACAUUCAAACUUUUUCAAUAAAUCAUGAUUCAGA